CAGUAAUAACUGUUGGAGAAAUGCAUGCUAGUGUUUUCAUAUUGUAUAAUUGCUUAGUAUUCUGCCUGGUUCUUAGUUGUUUCAGUGAAUGAUCAACCAUGCAGCAAAUAUUACUGAACUGUUCCCUAACUCUUCCUGCUUUUCUGGAUAGUCUUAUUGUUGCUGCACUGCAGUGCUGAGCUCUUUGCUGUUUUGUUUGGUUGCUGUGUUGUAGGCUACUGGUGUAACUGUUGAUUUCCAUUUCAUGCUGAGCCUGUGCUCUUGUCGAAGGUGUUGUGACAGAGUCUAGAGGCACAGUUUCUCGUGUGUAAAGGGCAUCCUAAAAAAAGAAAGGCAGUAUGUUCCGCAGCACACAGACCAGGGUAUUCCUGCUGAAUGAAAUGGAGAGACUGGACAGGACUCUGUUUCGUCUGGAGCAAGGCUUUGAGCUCCAGUUCCGUCUAGGGCCGACCCUGCAGGGGAAGCAUGUACAUGUCCACACCAACUACCCAAUAAAAGGAAAGAAGUUCAACAGCCAGGUGUUCCACGCUCUGGAUUGGAUUAAUCCCACUGGCAGGGAGGAUGACUCGGACAAGUACUGCAGACUGGACCUGGAGAUUGCAGGAUCUUAUCAGUAUUACUUCGGCUGUGGGAAUGAGGAGAGGACAGGUGGUGGCUACAUUGUGGUGGACCCACUGCUACGUGUGGGUCAUGAGAGGAAGAUACUGCCACUGGACAGCAUCACCAUUCAGACUUAUAUGUCCAAGUGUCUGGGUCCACUGGAUGAAUGGAUAGACCGAUUUAGAGUGGCCAAGGAAACUGGCUACAACAUGAUCCACUUGACACCGCUUCAGCUGCUGGGAAAGUCACGCUCAGGCUACUCCAUAGCUGACCAAUUGGAACUGAACCCAGAUUUUUCUCCUCUGGGGAAGAACUACACGUGGACAGAUGUGGGGAAUCUGAUAGACAAGAUCAGGAAUGAAUGGGGCGUGCUGUGCAUCACUGACGUUGUGUACAAUCAUACCGCGUCUAACAGCAAGUGGCUACGACUUCAUCCAGAAUGUGGCUACAACCUGGUGAAUUCUCCCCACCUGAAGCCGGCCUGGAUACUGGACAGAGCCCUUUGGCAUUUUAACUGUGACCUCGCAGAUGGGAGAUACAGUGACAGCAGAAUACCAUCGCUUGUUGAGAAUGAGAAGCAGCUUAAGACACUCCGAGAAUUUCUGCUGAAAGAAGUUUUUCCUCCACUGAAACUGUGGGAGUUCCUCCAGGUCAAUGUGGACAAGGCUGUAGAGCAGUUUAAGAAGCUGCUGCAGGCUGGUGGUAAAGCAGAUGGGCCAGAAGUGAAGACAGAGCACAAGCUGAAGAUCAUACAGGAUCCGCAGUACAGGCGCUUCGGGAACACUGUAGACAUGAAGAUGGCGCUGGAAAUGUUUGGCAGACAUACGAAUGGUCCAGCAGCAAUCCAAGUGUGUUGUGACUGGUUUAAGAAGAGUCUGGAGGAGCUGAACAUGGAGUGCUUUAAGGAAAUGCAGAGUCACCAUGAGCAGGCUGUAAACUGCAUCAUGGGGACUGUGCACUAUGAACGUCUUGCACCUAAUGGUCCUAAACUCGGCCCUUUCUCCAGAGAACACCCUUUGGUGACAAGCUAUUUUACCUUCCCCUUUGAGGACAUGCCCAUGGAGAAGGAGAAACAGCUGCUGCAGAAUCCUGAAAAUGCCUGCCAUUUCCUGGCCCACAAUGGAUGGGUUAUGGGGGAUGAUCCGCUCAGGAACUUUGCAGAACCAGGUAGUAAUGUAUACCUGAGGAGGGAGCUGGUAUGCUGGGGUGACAGUGUGAAGCUUCGCUAUGGCAGUAAACCUGAGGACUGCCCGUACCUGUGGGCACACAUGAAGAAGUACACAGAGAUCACGGCCAAACACUUCUGUGGCGUGCGGCUGGACAACUGCCAUUCCACACCUCUACAUGUGGCCGAGGCGAUGCUAACAGCUGCCAGGUUGGUCAGACCCAAUCUGUACGUGAUAGCUGAGCUUUUUACGGGCAGUGAACAGAUUGACAAUACAUUUGUUAAUCGCCUUGGAAUUACCAGUCUCAUCAGAGAGGCGAUGAGUGCUGGGGAUAGUCAUGAGGAAGGCAGGUUGGUGUACCGCUUUGGAGGAGAGCCUGUCGGAUCCUUUGUCCAGCCUAACCUCAGACCUUUGGUUCCAGGCAUAGCACAUGCUAUGUUCCUGGAUGUUACCCAUGACAAUGAGUGUCCGAUCCAGGUUCGCUCCGUGUACGACGGCCUCACCAGCUCUGCCAUCGUCUCUAUGGCCUGCUGUGCCACAGGCAGUACAAGAGGAUAUGACGAGCUGGUUCCUCACCAGAUUUCAGUGGUCAGUGAAGAGCGGCUGUACUCUAGGUGGAAUGCAGAUGCCCUGCCCUCUUCUCCUGGGGAGGUGAACCUUCAAUCAGGCAUCAUGGCAGGGAAACUGGCCCUCAACAGGCUCCACCAGGAGCUGGCUGAGAAAGGCUUCACACAGGUCUAUGUAGACCAGCUCGAUGAAGAUACUGUGGCAGUAACCAGACACUGUCCAAGCACACACCGGUCAGUGGUGACUGUGUCUCGAACAGCCUUCAAAAACCCCAAAACCCACCAGUACAGAGAGAGAGUUUCUCCCAUGUUCAUACCAGGCCAGAUAGAGGAGGUGAUCCUGGAGGCACGUAUGGUGGAGAGAGACGCUGGCUCAUACGUGAAAGAUGAGAAGUAUAUAAACGGCAUGCCUGAGUACACGGUGGAGCUCCGGGAACACCUCCAGCUGAAGGACAGCAAAAUUGUGCAACAGGGAGACGCCACAGCAAAAGGCCGUAAUGAGUUUGUCCAGGAGAUUGUGUUUAAUCAGAUGACCCCCGGUAGUGUGAUUGCUUUCAGGGUGAGUCUGGACCCAAAAUCCCGGGACACAGUGGGCUUCCUACGCACCCAGCUCUCUCAGUUCAACCGCCUGUACAAAUCAGGCAGCCUGACUGACCCUGACGUCCCUGUCAUUCUGAAAAUUGCCUUGGAGUUCCUCGUGUCCAAACUGUCCUUGGCUGAGCUGAAUGUGUUGUUGUACCUCUGCGAUGCUGAGGAGCAGGAUAAUGGUGGAGGAUGCUACAGUAUCCCGUCCUGGAUGGCAAUGAAGUAUGGAGGUCUUCAAGGUUUUGUGUCAGUGCUGUCAGACAUUCGACCCAAGAAUGACCUGGGGCAUCCCUUCUGUGAUAACCUGAGGCAAGGCGACUGGAUGCUGGACUACAUCAGCUCUCGGCUCAUAAAUAAAGGUGGAGCUCUGAGGGAGGUGGGGAAGUGGUUCCGUGCCAUGUUUACCUACCUAAAGCAUAUCCCACGGUAUCUUAUACCCUGUUACUUUGAUGCCAUUAUCGUGGGAGCGUAUGCCUCGGCUGUGGACGCAGUGUUCAAAAACAUGUCCAGCUUUGUGCAGAGCGGCUCAACCCUGGUGAAGCAGCUGGCACUGGGCUCCGUGCAGAUGUGUGGCGUGGGCCGGGUACCCGCCUUACCCUCCCUCUCACCUGCCCUGGAGAACGUCCCGUAUCGACUCAAUCCCAUCACCAAGCAGGAGGAGCAGUGCUGUGUGUCUAUCGCUGCAGGCCUGCCUCAUUUCUCAUGUGGGAUCUUCCGCUGCUGGGGCCGCGACACCUUCAUAGCCCUGCGUGGGCUCUUGCUCAUCACUGGGCGGCACAUAGAAGCAAGGAACAUCAUCCUUGCCUUCGCUGGCACUCUGAGACAUGGCCUGAUUCCUAACUUGCUGGGCGAAGGUGUGGGGGCUCGAUACAACUGCCGGGACGCAGUGUGGUGGUGGCUUCAGUGCAUCCAGGAAUACUGUUCCAUGGUGCCCCAAGGAACUGCCAUCCUGUCAUGUCCGGUGUCUCGCAUGUACCCUACAGAUGAUUCAGAACCACAGCCGGCUGGAAAUGUGGAUCAGCCUCUGUACGAUGUCAUCCAAGAGGCCCUUCAGUGCCACAUGCAAGGAAUCGAGUUCAGGGAGCGAAAUGCUGGACCACAGAUUGACCGCAACAUGAAAGAUGAAGGGUUUAAUGUUGUGGCAAAAGUAAACCCUGACACAGGCUUUGUGUACGGAGGAAAUCGUUUUAACUGUGGGACAUGGAUGGACAAAAUGGGGGAGAGUGACAAAGCAGGCAAUCGGGGCUUACCAGCCACACCCAGGGACGGCUCUGCAGUGGAGAUUGUGGGUCUCUGUAAGUCCACGGUGCGGUGGUUAAUGCACCUGAACAAGAUCGGUCAAUUCCCCUACUCUUCCCUCAGCAUUCAAAGAGAUGGUGAAACUCACACAGUGUCCUAUGAGGAGUGGAACCAGAGGAUCCAGGGUAACUUUGAAAAGCUAUUCUAUGUAUCUUCUGAUCCAGAAGAUCCAAAUGAGCAACACCCAGAGCUGGUCCACAAGAGGGGCGUUUAUAAAGACAGUUGUGGGGCCUCCAGCCCAUGGUGUGACUACCAACUCCGACCCAACUUUACCAUUGCAAUGGUGGUGGCUCCUGAGUUGUUCACAGUAGAAAGAGCAUGGGCUGCUUUAGAGGUAGCUGAGAAGAAGCUGCUGGGGCCUCUGGGAAUGAAGACUUUAGACCCAGAUGACAUGGUUUACUGUGGUGUGUAUGACAAUGCCCUGGACAGUGACAACUACAACCUUGCCAAAGGCUUCAACUACCACCAAGGGCCAGAAUGGCUUUGGCCAGUCGGCUACUUCUUGAGGGCCAAACUAUACUUUGCCAAGCAAAUAGGUCAAGAGGUCUAUAAUCAUACCGUGUCUCUGGUGAAGAAUGUCCUCUCCAGACAUCAUGUCCACCUUGAAAAAUCCCCCUGGAAGGGCUUACCUGAGCUGACAAAUGAAAAUGGACAGUACUGCCCCUUUAGUUGUGAGACUCAGGCCUGGUCGAUUGCCACAAUUCUGGAAGUCCUGCAUGAGCUCUGCGAUGCUGAGGACCUGUAGAUGGAUCUACCAAACAGACUUUCUUUUUUUGGAUUUGUCACCAAUAUGAGUGGGACUAGAGUUGUCCACAACAAUUGGUUAAACGGAUUGCUACAAAGUUGAAGAGUGCCUUAAACUUCUUUCCUUUUCCACAGCCUGGCUGUGGCUCCUUCCAUCCAUGUCUCAUCAGACAUGUAGAUACGUGUUAUUUAGGGUUUUCCUGUGGUACAGUUAUUUGUUAUAUAACACCAGCAUAAGCUGGCUUUAAGCCAUAUCAUAUGAUGAGAAUUAUGUCUAAACCUUUAAAAACAAAUAAUUCUAUUCCAAAUCAAAUUUAUAUUAUUAAAAAAAAAAGUGAAAACCUAAAAAAUGCCUGCUUCAAAGCAGGGAGAAUUGUUUGAUAUUUUCUAUGAAACAUUAUGCCUUUUAUUUUGCAUUAUUCUCUUUAAGGUUGCACUAUAUAUUUGCUACCUGUAAUUAUUCAGUUAAAAUGGCAAAAAUUGACUCUCUGUUUGGACAACUAAUUCAAAAAACUAAAAAUAAUUUAUACCUUACAAUGAGUUUUAUUUAUAGUGCAGCGUUUCUUCUAAUCCUGCCUCCCUCCUUCCCCUUCCAGUGGCGCUGUGUAUCAGAGCUCUGCUGUAAACAGUAUGGGAAAGAGCUAACAGGGAGAGCUGGCAAAUGGCCGGGAGACUCAAGUAAAUUUUUUCACUCUACCUAAAUAAAUAAAAAUAAAUAAUUCAGCGUAACUCAUCAGUUUACUAUCGCUGAAUAAACUUCUUCUAUCUAUCUUCACAAACAGCUGUUUUUGACCUUAAAAAAAUAUGAACUGUAAAAGGCUAGGAUAGUAACAUUAGCUGAGGUAACAAGAUUAGCAUUAGCUAGUUAGCAUUAGCAUUUGUUUUGUUUACCCGAUUUGUUUUAUUUAGCACUGUCAAGGUCAAUUUAUGAUGAAAUAUCAAUUCUUAGAUAUAUUUAUGAUAAGAAUAUCACUGUCGAGGUACACUACUAGUCAAAAGUUUUAGAACACCGCUAUUUUUUAGCAGUCCAGUAGCAGUUCUGUAUGGCCCAGACAAGCUGCUUUUUCAUUUUUUUUAUUUUUUCAUGUUAUGAAUGGCUUUAUUACUGCACUUCACCUGUCAUGAACCAAACACUAGACUCAGAAAAGACUCUGAAUAGACUUUAAAAAGACUAAAGUCUGACACCCUCUAAAAUUCUGACACCCUCUAAAGACAAUUCAAGACUUUUUUAGUCACAGAUUAAGAUUUUGCAAAGAUUAAAAUCUUGCAGGGUCACUAAAUGCAGGACUGCAACUAAUUUCUUUCUGAGAUUAUUUAUUUAUUUUUUAUUGUUAUUAUUAUAAAUGAAAACAGACGUCAAAGAGACACUCUUGCUCACUCCACAGCUCCACCAGUUUCUCCUCCUUUUGUACACUCUAGGAAAAACGUGAUUUCUGAGCCAUGUCCAGUUUCUCCAGCUUCCUCAUGUUGGCCUCGUGUGAUUUCUCUGAAGAAAAGUUAUACUUAUUAUUAUUAAGAAAGUGUGUAAAUGCUGCAGUAACACAGUCUGUUCCAGAAUUGCUUUACUACAGACAAAGGCUUUGUAUAUUGACAAUUUAAAAUAUCAAUUUCCAAAGUUCAGUUUAAUUCAAUUGCUGCUUCUCAGCUGUAAGCUGUUAACCAAUGAACUGUUUGCCAAAUGAAUUAACCCCAAUUUCUUAUUAACAAUUAUUAACAAUAUAUGAUUUUUUUCAGGAUUUUUUUUGACAAUUUACUUUUACAAUAUACUAAAAUUAUUAUUAUAUUAUUAUUAUUGCAUAUUAUAUUAUUAUUUUACAAUAAUACAAUUUUGUACACUGUUUUUUGUAGAAUUCCUGGUUGGAUCUGAGGAGCAGAAAAUAAAUGCAAAGAAAAAUGGAGAUGUUCUAAAACUUUUGACCGGAAGUGUACAUGUGUUUUUUGGGUAGAGUACUGGGAUAUUACAAAUGUGUAGUUUUUUUUUUAUUCUAGUUUUGUAAUUGGUUUUACUUUGAAAAAUAAGACAAAAAUGUAAGCUUUUUAAUGUACGCAAUGGUGAAAGCAAUAAUGAAAGUCUGCGAAAAAACGUAUUUUGUAUUUUUCAUUUUAAUUUUCAAAUUUGCAAUGACUUUUUGUUUUGUUUUGUUUUAGGAUCUAUUAGGUAGAAAGGUUGAUUCCAUUACAUUAAUAUUUAGCUAGAGUAAGUGCAGGAACAUACUGACCCUUUGACUUUUACAGUGUAAUAAACAAUAAAACGGCAUGGAAAUGUUAUUUGUUUUGCAAAGUCAUGGUCAGAUCAUCACCUCAUACAUUUGAAUUGAUCUGAUUUAUUUGAUGAAGGAAUGAUAAAAAGUGAUGAUAAAAUAAUUGAGCUCCUGCGUUUAAGUGCUCAAAUUUUAGGAACACAUGUUCAGAUCUGCCUGCACUGAACACGUGUUAAUUCAGAGCCCUGAAGAAGUGAUAUUAUUGAGGCUUACUGACUGAUACCACUGGCUUUUCUUAUCUGUGAUUUCAUUUCUGAGCUCUUGUUUUGUUACCAGUUUGACUGAACUGCUUAAUCACAUUCUGUUAUUAUAUAUGAGUGCAGAGAAUCGCUUCCACAGUCAUGUUUUACUCACUUCCUGCUUAAGCUGGCGAAUAUUGUCUUUAAAUAUUCAUUUUUUUUUUCGGAAACUAAUAACAUGUGAGUAAUGAACACUUGAGUGAUGUAUUACCGUGUUGGUCUUAGCUAAUAAAGGUGACACAACACUG